UAUUUAUUCUUUUGUUUUUGUUGAGAGCAUGGAAAUCAAACGUUAAUAGAUUCUUCCUACAGAAAGGUGUGGGGAUUUGAUAAAUAGAAAAUGCUGACGUUGUGUUAUGUAACUUGAUUCAUGUUGAGAACCCCCUCAUUUUCACCAGAAGUUUUACCCCAGUGCUUACGCAGCAGAGUUAUGUGGUUAGGAUGACGUUGCUGUGUAAACAAAGAUAUGGUUAAAGUUCAUCCUCCUGGGCAAGGUUUUCAGCAUUUGUUCCACUGGAGGAGAUUCAGAAUGACCCAUCUGUUGAAGACGGCCGUGGCAAUACACCUCAGGAGAGGAUUCUCAACAUGUCAGAGCACAUGGUGCAGAAGUGACGGUCACUUCAAAGUCCAUCCUUCAGUUUUACAAGCACUGGCAGAGAAAAAGCCAGUGGUUGCUCUUGAAAGCACCAUAAUUACCCAUGGCAUGCCCUACCCUAAGAACCUGAGUACAGCAAAACAGGUGGAGUCAAUUGUCCGAGCAGAAGGAGCCACUCCAGCCACGGUUGGAGUGAUCGAGGGCAACGUCCAUGUUGGUCUGUCACCAGAGGAGCUGGACCACCUGGCCAAGAGCAAGGGCUCCCUGAAGGUGUCUCGUCGUGAUCUUCCAUACGUCAUCAGCAAAGGUCUGUCUGGAGGAACCACAGUGUCAGCGACUAUGAUAGCAGCCCAUCGAGCGGGCAUCCCUGUCUUCGUCACUGGUGGCAUUGGAGGAGUUCACAGAUAUGGAGAGAACACUCUGGACAUCAGUGCCGAUCUGACAGAACUGGGCAGAACUCCCAUCGCUGUGAUCUCCGCUGGGGUGAAAUCGAUUCUUGACAUUGGACGUACCCUCGAAUUCCUGGAGACACAAGGUGUCUGUGUAGCCACUUAUGGAAAGUCGAAAAGUUUCCCUGCCUUCUUCUCUCCUCGAAGUGAAUUUACUUCCUCGUGCCAAGUUGCGAAUCCUACGGAAGCUGCAAAACUCAUUGGCAGUGUUUUGUCGCUGGGUCUUCAAAGCGGCGUUCUCAUAGCAGUGCCCAUCCCGGAGGAGCAUGCAGCUGCAGGCCAGCAGAUUGAAGAAGCCAUUCACGCUGCAGUGACUGAGGCCAAUGCUAAAGGUAUCACAGGAAGAGAUGUGACGCCAUUCAUUCUUCAGAGGGUCAGUGAAAUGACUGAAGGAAAGUCCCUGCAAGCCAACAUCGCUCUUAUUCAUAACAAUGCCAGAGUUGGAAGUCAGGUGGCGUGUGCCCUCUCUCAACAGGCGCGAGAGAAAAAGUUGAGAGACCAAAACCAUUCCGGAAAAAAACAGUCAUCAAAAACAGAGGCCAAUGUUGUUGUGGUUGGUGGAAUAAAUGUCGAUUUUAUUGCCAAGGCGAAAACAAAAACACACUUUGGACAGACCAACCAAGGAAGCGUCUCUCAGUCGUUUGGUGGUGUAGGACGGAACGUUGCAGACUGUCUGAGUCGAUUAGGCCACAGACCUCUGCUUAUUUCUGCCGUUGGGGAUGAUUCGAAUGGUGAUGCAGUAUUUAACCACUGUAAACAUAUGAACACCAGUGGGGUUGCCAGAUUGGAAGAACAAAAAACAGCGACCUACUGUGUUGUUAUUGCUGAGACUGGAGAGAUGAGUCUUGGAUUGGGAGAUAUGGAUAUUCACCAACAAAUCACACAGCAGUAUGUGUCACAGUUUGAAAAGCAAAUUUCGUCAGCAACACUUGUGUGUCUUGAUGGAAACAUCCCCAUCUCCACCAUAGACUAUGUCUGUCAUUUGGCCAAAAAGCACAACGUUAAUGUGUGGUAUGAGCCGACUGGUACCGAUAAAGCUUGUAAGCCCUUCCUGUCAGAUGCCUGGAAGUCUCUCAGCUAUUCCUCCCCAAACUUGGCAGAGUUGUGCACCAUGAACAGAACCCUGGGGAUCCAAACACCUGAAGUGUUGCCAUGUUCUGUGGAGGAGAUGCUGAAUUUUGCUGUGACUCUCUCACUCCCCCUUCUGGAGCACAUUCACUGUCUGGUGGUAACUCUCGGGGCUAAUGGUGUGCUGCUCUGUGGGGAGCAGGAUGCAGGCUCAGUCAACCUACAGCCAAGACAACAUAGGAGGUCUUCCCAGAGCAGACAUUUGUGUGCUGUACACUACCCGGCACUGAGUGUGACUGCAGCAGAGACGGUAAAUGUGUCAGGAGCAGGAGACAGUCUUGCAGGAGCUAUGAUGGCAGGGAUUCUUCGGCACAGAGACACAGACAGCUGUGUUCGGAUGGGACUCUUGGCUGCGAUGAUGUCACUGGCGUCGCCUCAUCCCAUUUCUCCUGUUCUCACCUUAGACUCUAUUGAUCCUAACAAAGUCCAGAAUGUGAGCUGGAUGAAACCAAAUUACAGGUGUAUAGAUUAGAUACAUUUUAACAUUAAACCUUUUAACUUAAGGCAUUAGGUAUGGUUUUUAGGUCUAUACUGUUUUAAACUGAAUUUAUGGCAUUAUAUGAGUUACUAUGCUCAUUACAAAACUGCGUCACACUGCAAAUGGAAGUAAAUUGAUUUCUU